AUGGGUUCCGAGAUCGACGACAAGAAGAGGCGCACGGAUGAUGGUCACCACGGCCACAGCCACGGCUACAGUGAUGCUCACAGGACGAGAUCGCGACUACCGGUCACGGUGCUGACGGGUUACCUCGGGGCAGGGAAGACAACGCUGCUAAACUACAUCUUGAGAGAGCAGAACGAUAAGAAGCUUGCCGUCAUCGAGAAUGAGAUCGGUGAGGUAAGCAUUGAUGAUGCCCUUGUUGAGAACAAGCAUCAGGACAUGGCCGAAGAGCUAGUUCUGCUCGACAACGGGUGUAUCUGCUGCACGGUACGUGGGGACUUGAUUCAAACGUUGCACAAGAUUGGGGCCAAAUACGUCUCCGGGGGUGCGCACUUGGAUGGAGUGUUGAUUGAGCUAACAGGCAUGGCUGAUCCCGCUCCAGUUGUUCAGACGUUCAUUGUGGAUGAUGACGUGAAGCGCUGCUUCUACGUGGACAACGUCGUGACGCUGGUGGAUGCUAAGCAUGCCAUCGAGAAGUUGGAUGAGAGCAAGGGCGACCCGGAGAAGGGCACAGCUUGUGCCCAGAUUGCAUUCUCAAGCACCGUGCUCCUGAACAAGAUCGACCUGGUGGAUGGGGCACACCUCGACAAAGUGAGGAUGCGCAUCAAGGAGCUCAACGCGGCCGCCGAGAUCAUCCCGUGCCAGCAGUCGCAGGCGCCCAUGGACAAGCUCUUCAACGUCGGAGCCUUCAACUUAGAGAAGGUCCUGGAUGAGCAGUACAUGGAUGAAGAGGAGUUCCGCCGGUUUUACCAGCCCAAGAUGGACCGCUCCGUCUCAAAUGUUGGCGUUCGCUGCGAGGGAGCGGUCAUGAUGUUUGCGUUCCAAAGGUUUCUGGAUCGAUACUUGAGCACAGAAGAGCAGGCCAAGGACUUCUUGCGCGUGAAGGCGGUUUUGAAUGUGGCAGGCUCCCAGGACAAGUUCGUGUUGCAAUGUGUCCACAUGCUGAGGAACCAGGGCUUCACGAAGCCCUGGGCUCCUGGGGAGAAGCGAGAGAAUCGCAUUAUCUUCAUUGGCCGAGCCAUGCAACCGAGGCGCCAGGAGCUGACCGAGGGUUUCAAGGCCUGCCUGGCGACGCAGCCGCUCCGCUUCCCCGUGAACACACCGAUCUUUGCCAAGGUUGGAGCAGGUGACAAUGACUGGAUGCGAGGUGUGGUCAUUGCCCACUGGAACGAAUGCAACGCCUACCGCCUGCGGCUGGAGGAUGGAGAUGAAGUUCACGCGCCUUUGGACCUGGACUUCUUCGUGAAGAAAGCAUGA